CUUCUUCUUCUCCAAAUCAAAUUGUCGGAUUAUUCUGUCUCUAUUUUAAAAUGUCAGGCCGCGGUAAAGGAGGGAAGGGUUUGGGAAAGGGAGGAGCCAAGAGGCAUCGUAAGGUUCUUAGAGACAACAUCCAAGGUAUUACCAAGCCAGCCAUUCGUCGUCUGGCCAGAAGAGGCGGAGUCAAGCGUAUCUCCGGUCUGAUCUACGAGGAGACAAGAGGCGUACUCAAGAUCUUCCUCGAGAAUGUUAUCCGUGAUGCUGUCACUUACACUGAGCAUGCUCGCAGGAAGACUGUGACCGCCAUGGAUGUGGUUUAUGCCCUCAAGCGUCAGGGAAGAACCCUGUACGGUUUCGGCGGCUAGGGUUUUAACCCCUUUAGUUUUGUAAAUCGGUUUGAUGCUUUUUUCUUUUCAAAUUGCUAAACAUUUGCCUUUGAAAAGGAUGAAUGACCCAUUUCAAUUAGAUGAAGAAUCUAAUAGACUUCACCCAUUAAUGAAUCUUGUUUUUACCAACACUGCAAUUCAUUUAUAAUCAUUUAUUUAGUUUUCAGCAAGUAAAUGCCUUAGUAGGGUUUAUAUCCUAUCACUUGUAUGCAUAUUGUUCAUUAUAUUAUUGCUCUUCUUUAUAGUGA